AUGGCCAAUGCGCCCAAUUCCUGCCAGAGGUGCGAGCUCUGUUGGUUUUUAGUUCCCUCUCCUUGUCUUCCCCCCCACCCCGCUGCAGAUACGGGCCUGGGAGACUCUGUGUGCUCGAGCCCCAGCAUCUCCAGUACGACGAGCCCCAAGCUGGACCCCCCCCCUUCCCCUCACGCCAACAGAAAGAAGCACCGGCGGAAGAAAAGCACAAGCAACUUCAAAGCCGACGGGAUCUCGGGCACGGCCGAGGAACAAGAGGAGAACUUUGAGUUCAUCAUCGUCUCUCUCACCGGCCAGACUUGGCACUUUGAAGCCACCACCUACGAGGAAAGGGACGCCUGGGUCCAAGCCAUAGAGAGUCAGAUCCUGGCCAGUUUACAGUCAUGUGAGAGCAGCAAGAACAAGUCCCGCCUGACGAGCCAGAACGAGGCCAUGGCCCUGCAGUCCAUCAGGAACAUCAGAGGCAACUCCCACUGCGUGGACUGUGAAGCACAGAACCCUGACUGGGCCAGCCUGAACCUGGGAGCCCUCAUCUGCAUCGAAUGCUCAGGGAUCCACCGCAACCUCGGCACGCACCUGUCCCGCGUGCGCUCCCUGGACCUGGACGACUGGCCCAUCGAGCUCAUCAAGGUGAUGUCGGCCAUCGGGAACGAGCUGGCCAACAGCGUGUGGGAGGAGAACAGCCAAGGCCACAUGAAGCCCUCGUCGGACUCCACCAGGCUCAGACGUGGCUGUGUACGAGAAGCAAAUAGCUCUGCACGAGGAAGGGCGCCCAGAGGGGGGAAGGAAGGUACCUGCUUGCAUUGUUUCACAAGUGCAUUCCCGGGUGAGGAGACAGAAGGGAGCAGAGCAGAAGGGAGGGUUCCAAGUCACCCUUGAAGAGUUGGACAGUGGAGAGGUCCCUGUAGCCUCUUGUGGAACGUGUGUCCCAGAAAUGCUGCCCAGCCCUCAGACCUCCUGCUGCAAACACUGCUGCCUCCCACUGCUGACUUGUGCGGAGCAGGCAGUCGUUUUUAUUUGCUUGCUGCUCCAAAUGUGUUUUCCUU